GGGCCCGGGGGGAGGGAGGACGGCGCGCUCAGGGCGCAGGUGCGGGCGGCGCGGCUACGCGGCGGGAAGCGGAGGUGAGCGUGCGGUACCCAGGUGGUGGUGACCUCGCUGGGCUCGCCCGGGACCCGGGGCCGGGAAGGGCCUUCGUUUGCCCCGGCCGUGGCUCAGUCGGCUGCUUGGAGCGGGCUCCACACCCCGUGCGGGGCUUGAACUCAGGACCCUGAGAUUAAGAGUCACAUGCUCUCCCGACUGAGCCGGCCGGGAGCCCCUCUAUCCAUCUACUUCAGAGCUGACUAGGAAGGGUUCUGGAUCUUCCCUGGCCAGGGGAUUUCUUCCGGCCUCCAGCCAUGCGUCUCUCUGCCCUGCUGGCCUUGGCUUCCAAGGUCACUCUGCCCCGAGACUACCGCUAUGGGAUGAGCCGCCCAGGCUCUCUUGCAGACAGGAGGAAGAACCCUCCAGGGACCAGGCGGCGCCGGGUGGCUGUGGAACCCAUCUCUGACGAAGAAUGGCAUCUGUUCUGUGGGGACACGGUGGAGAUCCUCGAAGGCAAGGAUGCUGGGAAGCAAGGCAAAGUGGUUCAAGUCAUCCGGCAGCGCAACUGGGUGGUCCUGGAGGGACUGAAUACACACUACCGCUCUGUUGGCAGGACCGGGGAGGACCGGGGAACCAUGAUCCCUAGCGAAGCGCCCUUGCUCCACAACCAGGUCAAACUUGUGGACCCCGUGGACAGGAAGCCCACUGAGGUGGAAUGGAGAUUCACGGAGGCAGGAGAGCGGGUACGUGUCUCCUCAAGAUCAGGAAGAAUUAUCCCCAAACCUGAUUUUCCCAGAGCUGAUGGCAUCGUCCCUGAAACAUGGACCGAUGGUCCCAAAGACACCUCGGUGGAAGAUGCUCUAGAAAGAACCUAUGUGCCCCGUUUAAAGACACUGGAGGAGGAGGUGAUGGAGGCCAUGGGGAUCCAGGAGACUCGGAGACACAAGAAGGUCUACUGGUAUUGAACCUGGGGGAGCAGCCUCUCCCCUCCUUGUCUUCACCUUGAAGGCCAGGGCUACCUCUUCUCCAGACCCCAAUAAAGAGUCACGAGUCUUU